UGUGUUUUAGAGCUGAUUUUUGAGGGCACUGCUCCCUACGAAAAUUACCAUCCGGCUCCACUCUGUUUGAACACUACUCCGCCGCUGUCAGUGAAGGACUUAGGUCUGACUGCAACAAUGGACGGAGGACACAGCUGAGGAGCCGCAUCCAUGCUUUCAGGAGUUUUCGGGAAUAUUCUGUGUGAACUCUGGAAUUUGUCCUCUUGGCUUUAGGUUUAACAAUUAGAGCUUUUUGAAAAGUGUGAACUUCACUGAGGUUCGCACAAAUACUGGAUACGACAAAUACGACAGAGAAGACUGCGACUGUUGGGUUGAAAGGCAGAGGAUGGGGAGCCGGGGGCACUACCGGUACCACUGGCAGAGCCACAAUGUCAAACACAGCGGAGUGGAUGACAUGGUGCUGCUCAGCAAGAUCAAUGAGGACGCCAUCGUGGACAACCUCAAGAAGAGAUACAUGGAUGACUACAUCUUUACAUAUAUUGGUCCUGUGCUCAUUUCCGUCAACCCUUUCAAGCAGAUGCCAUACUUUGGGGAAAAAGAAGUUGAGAUGUAUCAGGGCGCAGCUCAGUACGAGAACCCUCCUCACAUCUACGCUCUGGCAGACAACAUGUACAGAAACAUGAUGAUUGAUCGUGAGAACCAGUGCGUCAUCAUCAGUGGAGAGAGUGGAGCAGGGAAGACGGUGGCAGCCAAAUAUAUCAUGGGCUACAUCUCCAGAGUGUCAGGGGGUGGACCCAAAGUACAGCAUGUCAAAGACAUCAUCCUGCAGUCCAACCCGCUGCUAGAGGCCUUUGGCAACGCCAAGACUGUGAGGAACAACAACUCCAGCAGAUUUGGGAAAUACUUUGAGAUCCAGUUCAGUUCCGGUGGUGAACCGGACGGAGGGAAAAUCUCCAACUUCCUUCUGGAGAAGUCACGGGUCGUCAUGAGGAAUCCUGGAGAGAGGAGUUUCCAUAUAUUCUAUCAGUUAAUAGAAGGGGCCAGUACAGAGCAGAAAAGCAGCCUGGGAAUCACAACUCUGGAUUACUACUCUUACCUCAACCAGUCUGGUUCAUACAAAGUGGACGACAUCAAUGACAAGAGUGAUUUCCAGGAGACAAUGCAUGCCAUGGAUGUGGUUGGCAUCUCAGCGGAAGGCCGUGCCAUGGUGCUUCAGAUUGUGGCCGGAGUCCUGCACCUGGGGAAUAUCAGUUUCAGGGAAGCAGGCAACUACGCUGCUGUGGAGAGUGAAGAGUUUCUAGCUUUUCCUGCCUUUCUGCUUGGAAUUGACCAGAACCGUCUGAAGGAGAAACUGACGAGCAGGAAGAUGGACAGCAAGUGGGGAAAUGCGGUGGAGUCCAUCGAUGUGACUCUGAACGUGGAGCAGGCUUGUUACACCCGUGAUGCCCUCUCCAAAGCCCUGCAUGCACGAGUGUUUGACUUUCUGGUUGAGUCCAUCAACAAAGCCAUGGUGAAAGAUCAUCAGGAGUUUAAUAUUGGAGUGCUGGACAUAUAUGGGUUUGAAAUUUUCCAGAAAAAUGGAUUUGAACAGUUCUGUAUCAACUUUGUGAAUGAGAAACUGCAGCAGAUAUUCAUUGAGCUGACUCUGAAGGCAGAGCAGGAGGAAUAUGUGCAGGAGGGCAUCAAGUGGACUCAGAUUGACUACUUCAAUAACAAGAUUGUCUGUGAUCUCAUCGAGAGCAAAAAUCCUCCUGGCAUUAUGUGCAUCCUGGAUGAUGUGUGCGCCACCAUGCACGCAGUGGGCGAGGGCGCCGACCAGACGAUGCUGCAGAAGCUCAGAGUCCAGAUCAACUCUCACGAACACUUCAACAGCUGGAACCAGGGCUUCAUCAUCCACCACUACGCUGGCAAGGUGUCUUAUGAUGCCGAGGGUUUCUGCGAGAGGAACCGAGACGUCCUUUUUACUGACCUCAUUGAGUUGAUGCAGAGCAGCGAAAUCACCUUCAUCAGAGCACUGUUUCCAGAAAACCUCAACGCUGACAAGAAGGGUCGGCCCACGACUGCGGGAAGCAAAAUAAAGAGACAAGCCAAUGAUCUGGUGAGCACACUGAUGAAAUGUACUCCGCACUACAUCCGCUGCAUCAAACCCAACGAAACCAAGAAGCCCAGAGACUGGGAAGAGAGCCGAGUAAAGCAUCAAGUGGAGUACCUGGGUCUGAAGGAAAACAUCAGGGUGAGGCGUGCUGGCUAUGCCUACCGCAGAGUCUUCAGGAAGUUCCUCAACAGGUACGCCAUCCUGACCAAGGAGUCAUGGCCAACGUGGCGAGGAGACGAGAAACAAGGUGUCCUUCAUCUCUUACGGUCUGUCAACAUGGACCAGGAUCAGUUCCAGCUUGGACGCACCAAGAUCUUCAUUAAAGCCCCUGAGUCGCUCUUCUUGCUGGAAGAGACAAGGGAGCGCAAGUUUGACGGCUAUGCCAGGACCAUCCAAAAAGCCUGGAGGAAAUAUGUGGCCCGCAAGAAGUAUGUCCAGAUGAGGGAAGAAGCCUCUGAUCUGCUGUUAAACCGGAAGGAGAGGCGGCGACACAGCCUCAACAGAAACUUUGUAGGUGACUACUUGGGUAUGGACGACAGGCCCGAGCUCCGACAGUUCCUGGGCAAGAGAGAAAAGAUCGACUUUGCAGACAAAGUCACAAAAUAUGACCGCCGCUUCAAGGGCAUUAAGAGGGAUUUGAUCCUGACCCCAAAGUCUGUCUACCUGAUUGGAAGGGAAAAGCUGAAACAGGGACCAGAGAAAGGGCAGGUGACGGAGGUCCUCAAGAGGCGGAUUGAUGUGGAGAAGAUCUUGGCAGUGUCACUCAGUACAAUGCAGGACGAUUUCAUGAUCCUGCAUGAACAGGAGUACGACAGCCUGCUGGAGUGUGUCUUUAAGACCGAGUUCAUCAGCUUACUGGCCCGCAGGUUUGAGGAGAAAACACAACGGAAGCUACCACUCAAGUUUAACAACACACUGGAAAUGAAGUUGAAGAAGGAGAACUGGGGCUUCUUGAGUGGAGGCGGCUCCCGGCAGGUGCUGUUUGUCCAGGGUCAGGGGGACGUCCCUGUACUGAAGCCAUCGAGCAAAUCUCUGCAGAUCAGCAUCGGGCCUGGGCUUCCAAAGAAUACACGUCCCACCAGGAAGAACUUCACUCAGGGUCGCUCCAGUGUGUCCAGAACUCACCAGAACAUCCCCUCACGGGCUGCUCCGGGACCUCCAGUUUCUCAUCAAAAUGGUGCCCUUAAAAACACCAACCAUGUAGCCAAUCAGAGGAACACACAGCAUCACAACCAGAGGCAAUCCACCAACGCUACACGGCCUUUCCUGCCCAGCAACAUCAACCAGCUGAAGGAGCGAGGCGGCAGCCGGCCACAGCCCAACCUGGACUGUCUGAAAGUCCCUGACCAAGGAGCCGCAGGUAAUGGAGACAGACGGCCAGCUUCAAACGGAGGAAUGGCGCACAGACCGUCAGCAAACAGGCCUCCGCCGGGAGGAGGACGACCCAAACCUGCACCCAAACCCAAACCCCAGGUCCCCCAGUGCAAAGCUUUGUACGCCUACGACGCUCAGGACACUGACGAGCUCAGCUUCAACGCCGACGACGUUAUCGACAUCAUCAAAGAGGAUGCCUCCGGGUGGUGGACAGGACGACUUCGUGGAAAGCAGGGACUUUUCCCCAACAAUUACGUCACCAAGAUCUAGGAGCUGCCGGCUUACAGCACGAGGAGGAGAGCCUGCUGCAUCCCUGCUGACCCUGUCAGAGGAGGGGAUGGAGCUUACAGUCAGACAGAGAAACACUGUGAGAUCCCUUGAGGAGAGAAACUCACACUUCCUCCACUACUGCCUUCAUAGUACAUGAAUGUAACUCUCAGUUACACCACCAGACCAAAAGACCGUCAGGCUUGAAAUGUGGCUCUGCUUUAUAGACGAGAGGACUGUUUGACCCUGGGGUCUGUUUGUUUGUUUUCUCCACAGUCUCUUUGAGUAAUGAACAAAACUAUUUAUUGUAUUUAUAGCUUUCUGUGUUCUCCUCACUGUCAUUUAUAUCUUGAUGAGGAUUUGCGCUCAAACAUUUUGAAGCGUUGGAAUGAAGUAUGCUUAAUCUGUGGGACCAGGCUGUGAUUUUUAUUCUCAACACAUCUCCUUUUUUUUUUCUUUUUUUUUUAAAGAUGUAUAUUUGAUUGCUGAAAUCAGAGAUGGCCGUCUCAGUGUCAAAACUGAAGUGACUGCUGCUUUAGCAGGAAUAUUUAUUUUGGUGCAAAACUGUAACUGCUUAUGGGGAACAGAGUUUCAGUAUAUCAUCGCACUGUGAUUUUUGAAGUAAAAAUACCAAAGCAAUAUCAAUAGGUCUGUUCCACAGGAAACAUUCACAGCAGUCAAGAGGUUAAUCACCUGGAAAAAACACCUUCAUCUUAAUUAUUUUGUUGUUGUUUUUCUUUUUGUUUUUCAGUCACACCAGUAUAUUUUCGACACGGAGUAGAGGCCACGUAUACUGUAACCUGCGCAUGCUUUCUGUGGUGUAUUAGCACUUUAUUGGUACAGGUACUACCUUGGACACAGACACCGUCACUCGUUCAUGCCACAGCCAGUAAGGCAAGUCUAUGAAGGACAGGUUGCCAAGCUAGCAAUAAGCCGAGUUAUUGAGAAGAAUGAUUUGUUUACAUGAAACGAUAAAACAGGCAUUUUUAGAUCUGAUUCUGUAUAUGUGUUCAUAUUUAGGAGUACGCCUGUUGUUGGCUUGGUUUUAAAUGAGCUGUUUUGUAUUUUCUCUGAAGGAUCUUAGUAUUGUACUGUUCUCUUCCUGCUUCUGAUACUCACAGGGCUGUUUCACUUCUAGGUCAGCUGCACAUAGUUAACGGUUCUCACAGACUAGGGUGACUGGAUUUUUGUUUUGUCACGUGCAAAAGUUGUUUUGGGUGAAAGAGCUUUGUUGACAUUUUUCCAUGGCACUACAAAGAAUUCCUUUUGCUUCUGCUCAGCUGUUUCUGCACUACUUAGACAUUCCUAAUCCUUUUUUUUUUAAAUCAAAUAACCACAUUAUGCUCUUGUCAGUGAAAACUGCUGGGAUUUCUGUCAUAGAUCUUCUGCAUCAUCAAAUAUAAUUUGAUCUUGGAUGGUUGGAAACAUCCUUGUGCAAUACAAAACAGUAGAUUUUAAUAAGGCAUGUAAUAUUGUAUAUUUAACUGCUUUGUUUUUAUUAUCAGAGAUCUCAUUAAAUGACCAAUGAUCAGUC